AAACGGGCUUUUUUUGAUUUUUUUUGUCCCCUCUUUUUUUGCAAUUAUGAUGUCCAUGAAUAGCAAGCAGCCUUUCAGUAUGCACCCGAUUCUGCACGAGCCGAAAUACUCACCUCUCCACUCCAGCUCAGAGGCCAUCCGGAGGGCAUGCUUACCUACACCUUCGCUACAGGGAAACAUCUUUGCUGGUUUCGAUGAGACUUUACUGCAGAGAGCGGAGGCACUGGCGGCGGUGGACAUUGUCGCUCAGAAAAGCCACCCUUUCAAACCAGAUGCUACAUACCAUACCAUGACCACAAUGACCAGCAUGACCUGCACCCCCACGUCUUCGUCGGCGCACCUUCAUCACCCUUCCGUGCUCACUUCGCAUCAUCAUCACCACCACCAACCGUCACAGGGCCUGGAGGGUGACCUGCUGGACCACCUUACCCCGGGCAUGUCUCUGGGAGGCAUGCCUGGGUCAGACGUGUGCUCCACCGCCUCCCACCCACACUCCCACAUGUCUGCCAUCAGCCACAUGCAGCAUCAUCACCCGCAAACCAUGAACAUGCACCCGCACAGUCUGGGGUCUCACACUUCGCUGGGCGGAGGGGGGGACUCGGAGCCCGACCCGCGAGAGCUGGAGUCCUUUGCCGAGCGGUUCAAGCAGAGGCGAAUUAAGCUCGGGGUCACGCAGGCUGACGUGGGUUCGGCUUUGGCGAAUCUGAAAAUUCCUGGAGUCGGUUGCCUCAGCCAAAGCACUAUUUGCCGGUUUGAGUCCCUAACCCUGUCACACAACAACAUGGUCGCCCUCAAGCCUAUACUUGAAGCGUGGCUGGAAGAGGCCGAGAGAGCUCAAAGAGAGAAAAUGACCAAGCCGGAGAUUUUUAACGGUGGCGACAAAAAGAGAAAACGCACCUCCAUCGCGGCGCCGGAGAAGCGGUCGUUGGAAGCUUACUUCGCUGUACAGCCAAGACCAUCCUCGGAGAAGAUAGCGGCAAUAGCCGAAAAGCUGGACCUGAAAAAGAACGUCGUGCGGGUGUGGUUUUGCAAUCAAAGGCAAAAGCAGAAGAGAAUGAAGUUUUCAGCAACGCAUUAGGCCAAAGC